AUGAGUAAGGGCAAGAAGAAGCAACGACAAAGAAAGAAUCGAUCGGAUAUUCAAAGUCCAAAAAACGAUAGCCAUUUCAAUGAAGAAAUUGUGGCAGACAAAAAUAAGGAUGGAACAAGUAUGGAACCCAUCAGCAAUCCAUCCGAUUCCGAUAAACCUAAUGAAGUAAAGGAAGUUUCUAGACCUCAAAAAGAAAUUAGUUUGACUAGAUUCAAAUCAUCCAGCAAUAGCACGGAAGUUGUUUUGAAAACAAAAAAUGAUCAACUAAGAAAGGAGGUGGAUGUUAAACAAAAAGCAAUUGAAACUUUAAAGGAUGAAAAGAAGCAUGGGGCAAUUAAAAUUGAUGAAAUUUUGAAAAAUGAAAAGAAGGAGUAUGAUGAAUUACACAAAGUAAUCGACACUCUCCGUAGCGAAAACACUAGUUUGAGGGAGGAAGCUGAAAUAUUGAGAAAGGAUAAAGAAGCAGAUAGUCAGGCAGAGAGAAAGAUUCAAGAGCUUGAAAAGCAAUUGGAAGAAAAAUCCAAUGAGCAUGAUAAAGUCCAAGAAAAUUAUCAUAAUCUUUUAAGCAGACUUUCUUCAAUGAAGAGUGUUUUUACCAAAAUGAAAGCGUCUGAGUCUGAACUGGAAAAGAUAAAGGGACAAAUGAAAGAGACGAAUGAAAAUAACAUUCAACUUCAGAAGGAAAAUGGCAAAUUGACAUUGGAUAUAAGACAAUUGCAAGCAGAUAUGAACAAACUUAACUUAGAGUACGAAAAACUGUCAAGAAUGAAGAUGAGUCUGGAAAAAACUACAGAAAUCAAAAGUAACGAGUAUUCGCUUGAAGUAAAGCGGCUUCAAACAGGAAAUAAAAAGUUGGCGGCUGAUUUGCAAGAAGCUAGGUCAGAAAUUGAAGAGUAUAUUAUCAUGAUUGACGAAGAAAAGACAUCAAAGCAAAGUCUGCAGCAUGAGGUUGAUGAAUUGAAUAAGAAAUGUGUUGUGAACUUAAAGGAGAACGAAAAGAUUAAUGAAGAAUUCAAUGGUUUGAAAAGUGAGCGUAGCAAGCUCAUCCAAGAAUUAAAAGCCUUGAAAGUGAAAUAUAAUUUGGAUUCUAAUGAAUAUAAAGAACAGCUUAACGUUAAAAAUCAAAAAUUGAUAAUGCAGCAAGAUAAGCUUGAUGCUCUAGAAAAGUUACGCAAGUUAUAUCAAGAAAGUCUUGACCAAAAUACUGCAUUACAGAAAGAAAUAAAAUCCAAGCAGAAGACCAUCGGAAAAUUAAGGCGAGAGACUAUCGCAUUGAAUGAACAUCUUACCAAAGCUAUGAAGCUUAUAAAGCAAGAGUCAUCUCAAGAAACUGUGGACAGGGAAUUGGUCUCUAACCUUUUUAUUAGUUUCCUUCAGAUUCCAAGAGGUGAUUCUAAAAAAUAUGAAGUGCUUCAGCUGAUAUCAAAUUAUCUUAACUGGAGUGACGAUAUGAGAAGGCAUGCUGGUCUCUUGAGUUCACAUUCGAAAGUUAAUUCAAACAGUGUUGUUAGCACCCCGGCGGAUAAACUCAAUCCAAGUAGAUCCUUUGUGUCCAUGUGGACAGAAUUUUUAGAGAAGGAAUCCACCCCCCGCCAAUGA